AUGAAUCUGACUUUGUCAGAGGACAAGCUUCUUUUACUGGUCAUCUCGCCAAUUAUUUGCAUGUGUGAUGUGAACAUUGACGGUGAUUUUUGUUUACGCUACAUCAAAACUUGUAAAUGGCCAAUUUUGUGUACUCACCAAAUAAAGUCCUUGCAGUGGCUGCAAAAGCCUUGUCUGAUUCACAACGGAGUCUCGUGGACUGACGAGUUGGAAGCGUGCUUGCCAAAGAAAGGAGUCUUUUGUAAAGAUAUGCUACGCAUAAGACCAAGGAAAAAUGAGAUUUCCGAGAGCACUAACAACCAAUCGCAUUCACAACGAUUGAGAAGAUUGUCGCUUGAACACUCAAUGAAGGACUAA